AGAAAAAGCUCUGAUUUCUAUUAUGACUUCUCAGAUUUCCACCGACAGAUAUAGACCAUAGAAUGCCGUAAAUGGCAUGACAAGACGGUAAGCUUUUAUGUGGUAUUUGGUGAAAUGUCCUCUAUGAACUGUUUGUUAAAAAGGCUUCAAUUAAGCGUUUGAUAAUUCAGAAUCACAACGAACAAGGGCGUUCUCCAAACUCAUCAUGGGUUACUCCAAAAGAAGAAGCGUUUCAAACUUGGGUGUAGUGGCUGUGGUGUUCGCCUCUGUUUUCUAUCUAUGUCUCUGGUCUCCCUCUGCCUCGUCAAUACUUUACUUUCCAACCCAGAACUGCCCAUGCCCAUCAUCUAAACUGAGUGAGACAAUCCUGAAGGGCCCCAAAGAUGAGCUUGAAAUAGCAUUACAGAGAGCUUCAAUGGAGAACAAGACAGUCAUAAUUGCUAUACUAAACAAAGCUUAUGCCGAUGGAGGAAGUCCAGGGAAGACGAUGCUUGAUCUAUUCUUGGAGGGAUUUUGGCAGGGAGAAGAAACGCGAGGCUUGGUGGAUCAUCUCCUACUUGUGGCCAUGGAUCAAAUAGCCUUCGAUCGGUGCAGAUUUUUGAGGCUUAACUGCUAUAGAUUGGAGACUGAAGGUGUUGAUUUUGGAGGGGAGAAGUUGUAUAUGUCAAAGGAUUUCAUCAAGAUGAUGUGGAGGAGAACCCACUUCCUUGGUGAUGUUCUAAAACGUGGCUACAACUUCAUCUUCACGGAUAUGGAUGUAAUGUGGUUGAGGAACCCAUUUGUGAGGCUGAUCAAAAACCAAACUGAUAAUGAUCUCCAGAUCAGUUGUGAUGAGUUUAAUGGCUACCAACAUUCCGAAGAAAACCUAAUCAACACAGGUUUCUACUUCAUUAGAUCAAAUAACAAGACCAUUGCCCUAUUUGAUUCAUGGUAUGACAUGAAAGCCAACUACUCUACAGGGAUGAAAGAGCAAGAUGUCCUCAUUAAAAUGAUGCAUAUGGGCGUGUUCAAACAAUUAGGGCUGAGAGUGAGGUUCUUGGACACCCUCUAUUUUAGUGGAUUUUGUCAAGACAGUAGAGAUUUUAAUGCAGUAACAACAGUCCAUGCGAAUUGCUGUCGUAGUAUGGAUGCUAAAGUGGCUGAUCUUACAGUUGUUCUUAGAGAUUGGAAGAAAUUUAAGAAUGUAACUAAAAAAUAUAAGCGUUUAGCCAAUAACAUUUCAUUCUUUAAAUGGUCUGAUCAUAGGGCAUGCUUCAAGUCAUGGAUAGGGUUCAAUUUUACUUCACCUCUGCCAUAGAUUUUACUCAGAUGAUUCUCCCUCAUGUAACGUAGCUUACAAUCAUUAUAACCAUGGUUGGUAACAAGAAGAUUGUAAUUUAUUUUUUAA